GUUAGGCUAUCUUUUAUAAAAUGAGAAACUAAGUUGACAUGAAUGAGAAUCUACCUUCUACUUACAGAUUAUAUGCUAAGUCUUUUAGUUUAUUAUAAUACUAUGUGAGGUUGAAUAUGAUAAAGUGGUGUAAGAAAUUGUAGAAUUAAGGUUUGAAUUGUUAUAAGUUGUUUGAGUGAGAAAAUUAUUAUAGGGGAUAGAGAGAGUGAUUGAGUGAGUUAUGCUAUACUACAUAUUAUGAUGAUGAAUAAUAAGACAUCAUCUGUUGCUGACCGUUUUACUGAAACUCUGUUUUCUUGGUCUCUUGAAGAUGUUUUCGAUGAAGAGCUUUUCACCAACAAGAUUGAAAAGAUUCCCAACUCAUUUCGAUCAGUUGAGCAUUAUUUGGGGUCUUAUGUUAAUCCUUUAUUGGAAGAAACACGAGCUGAAUUGCACUCAAGCAUGGAAGUUCUAUAUGGAGCGCCUUUCACUGAAGUAAACAAUUUCCAAGAAGAAGUUAAUCCAUAUGGUAACAAGAACUAUAUAGUUCAAGUUAGUGAUUGGAGAAACAAACACAAUAAAAAUGGCAAGGAGCCUUACAAAGCUUUGCCUGGAGAUUUUUUUGUUUUGGCAAAUGUUAAGCCAAAAACUGUCUGUGAUCUCCAAAUGGUAGACAGAUCGUGGGCUUUUCUAUCACUCGUUAAUCUCAUUGGGAAUGGCGGUAAGACAUUCAUAGUGAAGGCAUCAAAAGAGCUCACAUAUUACUUUCAGAAGCCAUUGUUCAUCGUUUUCUUGGCAAAUUUAACCCCUCUCAGGAGAAUAUGGGAAGCAUUGCACAUGUCAUCCAAUCUGGGGUUUCUAAAUAAAGUUAUAUGCAUUGAUUAUUCAGAGGCUAAGAGUAAGAAGAGGUGGUGUGAUGUUUGUUCCAAAAUCAGUAAUGGACUAUGGGGUGACAGAUUGGUUAAGAAGUUACCUUUUCAACUGAAUGAGUCUCAGACCAGAGCACUUGUUUCUUGUCUUCAUAUGAUGGACUGUGGGACAAAAUCUUCUUUGGAACUCAUAUGGGGUCCCCCGGGGACAGGAAAAACUAAAACUACCAGUGCUCUUCUUGUCGAGCUAUUGGGAAUGAACUAUACAACUCUUGUUUGUGCUCCCACGAAUAUUGCAAUUACUAAGGUGGCUUCUGGUGUUCUGAAGAUGGUGUUAGUAGAUACAUAUGGUACUGAUGGUUUGUUCUGUUCAUUGGGAAAUAUUCUUCUUUUCGGUACUAAGGAGAGGCUGAACAUUGACUCAGAUCUUCAAAUGAUAUAUCUGGAUGAUCGAGUUGAGAAGCUUGAAAAGUGCUUCGGUUUAGGUGGUUGGAGAUUUUGCUUGACUUCUAUGAUAGAUCUUCUUGAAAAUUCUGAUUUCUGGUACCAUGACACGCUGGAAAUGAGUGAGUCAAGCAUAGAGAAAGAAGAUUACAGUAAAAGUAGAAACGAAGAAAAGAGAUGCAUAAUAAAAGUAGAUGGUUGUGAAGUUGUGAAGAAAAACGUUCCAACAUUUCUUGAGUAUGUGAGAGAAGAAUUUAACAUGAAAUUUUCAGAACUUAAGGAGUACUUGUCUAUCAUCUGUACACAUACAACGAAAAGUUACAUUUCAGAAAAACUAUUUGAAGAUAUGGUCUCCCUUAUUAGCUCACUCGUUUCUUUUCAAUCGUUACUAUGCCAAGAGAAUAUGGUUUCUGAAGUAGUGGAGAUGAUAUUUUCUUCUGAAUAUAGUUUUCUUUCAUGUGUUGAUGAUAUCUCCUUGAGUCCCAAUAUGAAAAGAAAGGAAUGUGUUUCAAGUAUGAGAUCUCUUCUUGAUUCCCUUGACUUGCUUGACUAUUCUUGGUUUAAGAACCAGAAAACAAUUACACAAUUUUGUUGGGAAAAUGCUUCAUUAAUUCUCUGUACUGUAUCGAGUUCUUACAAGCUCCAUCGAUUGAAAAUUAGGCCAAGAAUUUUGGUUAUUGAUGAAGCUGCUCAACUGAAGGAGUGUGAAUCAAUCAUACCUCUUCAACUUCCAGGAGUAGAGCAUGCUAUUCUUGUUGGUGAUGAAUGGCAAUUACCAGCAACUGUCAAAAGCAAAGUUUCAGAGGAAGCUAGCUUCGGAAGAAGUUUGUAUGAAAGGCUGAGUUCAGAAAAUCAUCCAAGGCACCUCCUAAGUUUGCAAUACAGGAUGCAUCCAUCUAUAAGCUCUUUCCCAAAUUCUCUAUUCUAUCGUAACCAGAUACUUGAUGCUGCUAUUGUGAAGAUGAAAAGCUAUGAAAGGAGUUAUCUUCCAGGUCCAAUGUUUGGUCCAUAUUCUUUUAUAAAUAUAAUUGGUGGAAGAGAGCAUAAGGAUGAUGAUGAGCGUAGUCGAAAAAAUUUGGUUGAGGUAGCUGUUAUCAUGAGAAUACUACAAAAAUUGUACCAAGCCUGGGUUGAGUCAAAAUAUGAGCUUAGUGUUGGUAUUGUGUCUCCAUAUGCUGCUCAAGUGGUUGAAAUUCAAACCCAACUGAGGUUUAGGUACAAUGAAAAUAAUGGCUUUCAAGUAAAGGUGAAGACAAUUGAUGGCUUUCAGGGUGGGGAAGAGGACAUAAUAAUAAUGUCUACUGUACGCUGCAGUGGUUCUCAUCAUUCACUGGAUUUCAUAUCCAAACCACAAAGAAUUAAUGUUGCUCUAACAAGGGCUAGGCACUGCCUCUGGAUUUUGGGUGAGGAAAGAACUCUGGUUAAGAGUCUUACUGUUUGGACACCUAUUGUCAUUGAUGCAAAAAAUAGAAAAUGCUUCUUUAAUGCUGACAGAGAUGAUGAUUUGGCCAAGGCUAUAACAGAGGUCAAGAAAGAGUCCGGUCAAUUUGAUGAUAUGAUCCAUAAUGAUGGUAUACUUUUCAAGCGUUCAAAGUGGAAGGUUUUUUUCAGUGAAAACUUUCUAAAGUCGUUCAAAAACCUUGAAGUAGUUGAAGCAAAGAAACCAGUUAUUAAACUUUUACUUAAGCUUUCUGAUGGCUGGAGACCAAGGGGGCCUAGCGUCUCAGUCUGUGAAAACUCUUUGCAAAUUAUGAGUUAUAAGGUUGAAGGUUUUUAUGUUGUCAGCACUGUUGACAUAUCAAAAGAGCAUUCAGAAUAUAUGCAAGUUUUGAAGAUCUGGGAUUUGUUGCCUUAUCAAGAAAUUCCAAGGUUAAAAAACCAGCUUGAUAUUGUUUUUGACAAGUACACAGAAGAAUUCAUCAACAAUUGCAAUGAAAGGUGCUUGGAAGGAAAAUUGGAAAUCCCAAAGAGUUGGCCGCUCUCUUCGAACAUUGGUUGGUUUGAGGAUCUCCAUAUGAUGCCAAUGAAAUUCUACUCCCUAUCAAAUUGUGUAGUGAAUCACAUGCUAUCUGAUCGAGAUGGUAGAGAACUGGAUCUCCCUUUUGAAGUACCAGACCAAGAAAGAGAGAUCAUCCUUUUCCCUACAAGUACAUUUGUAUUGGGAAGGUCAGGUACUGGGAAAACUACUGUUUUAUCCAUGAAGUUGUUCCAAAAAGAAUAUAUGCAUCGCCUGAAAAUGGAAGGAUUCUAUGGAGCCAAGAGAAAUGGGAUUGGAACUGUUGAUAAAAAGAAUGUUGUUUUACGCCAGCUUUUUGUGACAGCAACUACUAAGCUUUGUGAUAAUGUCAAGCAAUACAUUUCAUACUGGAGAAGUGGUAGUCAUUCAGUUGAAAGCGGUCUGAUUCAUGAAAAUAAUAAUGACAACGAAGAUUCAAGAUUCAACAACAUCCCAGACUCCUUUCAUGACAUUCCCCUUAAUUCGUAUCCUCUUGCCAUAACAUUCCAUAAGUUCUUGAUGAUGCUUGACGGAACACUGAAAACAUCUUAUUUCCAAAGAUUCCUUGGUAUCGAUGAAGUUUCUCAAAGUCAAAUACCCAAUUCAAGAUCACAUAUAUACUAUUCCUUCUUAAGCACCAAAGAAGUUGAUUAUACGAGAUUUUUUUCACAAUACUGGCCUUGUUUUGAUUCCCAAUUAACGAAAAAUCUCGACCCUUCUUGUGUCUUUACUCAGAUAGUUUCUCAUAUCAAAGGCGGCCCACAAGCCCUAGAAACAAAAUAUGGUAAACUCACAAGGAAGAGAUAUGUUAGGUUGUCAAAGGGGUGUGGAUCUAGUCGUUUAAGGAGGAAAGAAAGAGAGAUUAUAUAUGAUAUAUUCCAGGUAUAUGAAAAACUCAAGUUGGAAAGUGGUGAAUUUGAUAUUGCUGACUUUGUAAAUGAUCUUCAUCUUCGACUCAAACAAGAAGGAUAUGGUGGUGAUCAAAUGGAUUUUGUCUAUGUAGAUGAUGUGCAAGAUCUCACAGUGAGUCAAGUUGCUUUGUUUAAGUAUGUAUGCAGUAACUUGGAAGAGGGUUUUGUUUUUUCUGGAGAUGUUGUAAGACCAAUUGCUGGGGGCAUUGAUUGUAGGAUUCAAGAUCUACGUUCUAUUUUUUAUAACAAGUUUGUUCUGAAUCCCAUGAUGAACAUGAAAGGAAAAGUGGGACAUAUCACUAAUAUGUUCAGUUUGAGUCAAAACUUUCGUAGCCAUGCUCGCAUUCUAAAACUAUCACAAAGUAUUAUUGAACUGAUAUAUCAUUUCUUUCCUCUAUCAAUUGAUAUUAUUGAACUUGAAACCUCUAUGGUCCCUGGUGAAGCUCCAAUUAUAGUUCAAUACAAGAAGAAUGAAAACGCAAUCAUAAAACUUUUUGGGAGAUGUGACAACAACUCGAGCAGAAAUGCCAUUAGUUUUGGUGCGGAGCAGGUAAUUUUGGUCAGAGAUGAAACAUCACGACAAAGCAUAAAGGACAUUGUUGGAAAGCAAGCCCUUAUCGUAACAAUACUUGAGUGCAAAGACUUGGAGUUUCAGGAUGUGAUGCUGUAUAACUUUUUUGGAUCUUCCCUGCUGAGAAAGAAGUGGAGACUUAUAUAUAAAUACAUGAACGAGCAAGAUCUGCUUGACUCCACGUCUCCACAGUUUCGUCUUUUCAACGAAAGCAAAGAUAGGAUUUUGUUGGCUGAGCUAAAACAAUUAUAUGUUGCCAUUGCAUGUACAAAGAAGAGAUUGUGGAUUUGUGAUACCACUGAAUUCUCCAAACCUAUGUUUGAGUAUUGGAUGAAGAAGUGCCUUGUACAAGUUCAACAACUAGAUGAUUCACUUGCUCUAUCAAUGCAAGUCUCAAGCAGUCCACAUGAGUGGAAAUCGAGGGGUGUAAAGCUAUAUUAUGCGCAUAACUAUGAAAUGGCUACAAUUUGCUUUGAAAAAGCUCAUGACACAUUUUGGGAAAUGAAGUCUAAAGCUGCUGGCCUUCAAGCUAUGGCUGACCAUAUGCUUACUUCCAAUCCUGAAGUAACAAGCUCUUUCUUAAGAAAAGCUGCCAAGAUAUUCAAAACUAUGGGGAAAUUUGAUUCUGCAAUGAGUUGUUAUAGAAAUUUAGGAGACAACGAGGAAAUAGGUUUGAUUUAUUUGGAAAAUUUUGGUGAGUUUGAGUCUGGGUUGCAGAGAGCUGGGGAGUGCUUCUCCCUGGCAGGUGAUUAUCAAAAAGCUGCUAAUGCCUAUGCUAAAGGCAAUUUGUUCUCAGAGUGUCUAAAUGUUUGUGCCAAAGGACUCUUAUUUGACACAGGUUUGGCAUAUAUACAAUCCUGGAAACUACAAGCAAAACAAGACUCUAAUGUGAGUAGUAAUAAAGGCACAGAAAUAGAAAAAAUUGGACAAGAAUUCCUGGAGAGGUGUGCUCUACAUUAUUACAAGCUUGAAAACAUAAAAUCUAUGAUGAGGUUUAUUGAAGCUUUUUAUUCCAUGGAUUCAAUACGUCAAUUCUUGCGGUUGUUGGGUUGUUUUGAUGAACUUAUGUCAUUGGAAGAAAAAUUAGGAAAUUUUGUGGAAGCUGCAGACAUUGCAAAGCUCAGAGGAGAUAUACUAGUUGUGAUAGAUUUACUUGAGAAGGCUGGGAAAUUUAAGGAAGCAUCAACACUUAUUCUUGCUUAUGUUCUUUCCAACUCACUCUGGUCAUCUGGUAAAAUAGGAUGGCCCUUACAGUCGUUGAAACAAAAUCAUAAUCUUAUAACAAAAGCCAUAUCAUUUGCCAAGAAUGAGACGAAAGACUUCUAUGAUUUUGUUUGCACAGAAGCUGAAAUUAUUACAAAUAAGAAGAGUGACUUGGCAGUGAUGAAAAAUGAAAUGAUUUCUUCUCAGAGACACAAGAGUGUUAGAGGUGAAAUCCUAUGUGUUUGGAGAGUUGUUGAUGCUCAUCUUGAUUCAAAUCUUACAGAAUAUUUAAGGGAAGGAGAUUUACCACGUGACCAGUUGAUGGAUUCAGAAGAACGCAUGAUGUCUCAAAUCCAUGUUUCAGUGGAGUCACUAGUUUAUUUCUGGAAUAUCUGGAAGGAUAAAAUUCUUCGAAUUUUUGAAUAUCUUGAAGGUCUACAAACUCAAGAUGUCAAUGAAUUCACGAGCUAUGGAGAGUUCUGUUUGGAAUAUUUAGGUGUUUUGAAACAAUGCCACAAUUCCCUCACAAACUAUGUCUUGCUCUACUCUGAUGCAAACUGGGCUAGAAAUGUGGAGCAUAUACAUGUCCGGAGUAUUGGAAAUAAGUUAGUGCUUUUUAUUGACGUUGACCAGUUUAUACAUGUUGCCCAGGUCUAUUGGUCUUCACAAGUACUCUCUGUUGGUUUUAAGGUUCUGCACAAGCUAGAAGCCAUUAUCCAUACCUUUGCGACUGAUUCAUAUGAUUCCCUUUCAAGGAAAUGCAUGAUAUUUACUCUUAUCUAUGAGGUUGCACAAUUUAUUUUAGGGUCCAAAAAUCUGAAUAGGACAUGUCAAAAUUCAGAUGAUCUCGAGAAAUUGAUAAGACUGGCAACUGAUUUUUCAGGAUACAUAUUCCCUUUAGAUUGGCAGAAAUCAUUGGGCGAGGACUUUGUUUCUUUUAGAGGAACAGGCAUUUGUAAUAAGUUUCUGAAGCAAAUGAUUGUUGAACAUUGCAACUUGAGGAAUGAUCUGACUCACAGUCAAGUUGGAAACAUAGCUGUGUUUGUUCUCAGCUCUAGCAGGCUUAAUGAUGAACUAUUUGAGAAGAUUAUGAAAAGGAUGAACCAGAACCUGCCAUGGAAGGCAUUCUUUAAGUGUCUGCAAAGGUCUAGAGGGUCAUACUUUCCAAGCUCAUCUCUGAUUUGUAGGUUUCAUGGUGUUUUGGUGGAUGCAUACAAUGCAAAUUGCAUGAGAGAAUGUGACCCAAUAUCUCCUAGUUUUUUCUUUUAUCUUGUUGAGCGCUUUGUGAUUUGGUUAUCUAUAUCAUUCAAAGGCUACUUCAUUACAACAAAGUCAGCAUUUGUUGAAUGGCUUGUCUAUGAAGAGAUUCAUACUACGACCACGCCAUGUUUCAACACUUUAGUUGGUUUUCUGCAAUCUGAUCUACCAUUUGUGACCCAUGUUAUCAAGGAAUGCCUUAACAACGAGCAGGAUAUGAUUGAUUGGAUCAACAAAUCUCCCUCAAGAGAUAACAAGUCCUAUUCAUUACUCGUGUCUAGGAUGGUUUUGAUACUUUGUCUGCUUCGAGAAAAUUUCGGAAUGGGUUCAAGUCUACUUUUUGAUUUGUUGGGAAUACCUAGGAUCACUAAACACAUGCCUUUAAAAUUUUGUGAUAAUCUCAAGUCAUAUUUAGUUCGUUGUGAUGUAACUAUGCUUGCUGAAGCAUUUGAGGAUAUUGGAAAUUCUCUGGUCGUUGUAAGUUUUGGGAUCUCAAAGCCUUGGUUUGAGGAUUUUAAUGUUGUGGAUAUGAGUGUGAAUCGUAGCAAGAAUGACAUAUUAAGAACAUUGUUUUAGAAAAGAGUUAAAGCUUUUACAUGGGAUUCCACAGCAGGGACAAGUUCUAAGUGUGAGACAAAUCCACCAAUGAGUUUAGGCUUUUGGAAAAUAUUUGAAGCCAUUAACUCUGAAGGAAAGGGAAGCAUAGAUCAAGAGAAUAAGCUUACAUUAAAUGCUCAAAAAAUUAAGGUGGUUUUGGAAAAAUACAUUCGCCUACUCGAGCAAAAUAUCUCAUCAUCUCGUGAUAUGGCUGACAUGGUAUAUGAACUGAAACAACUUUGUGCAGCAUUGGAUGCGAGGGAUAUACGUCUAGUGAAACAACUUGCUAAGAGGGUGCAAUCAAGAAAACCAGGAAUGGAAUGUUUCUUGAAUCAGUUGUUUCACAAGCAUACCACAGCUCAGGACGGUAGAGCAAAAGUAAAGGAAGGUUGCCACAUCCUUUGAUCGAUGCAUGUUGAACUCGAGUAUAUCUGAAUGUUGUAAUAUAUAUAUACAUAUAUAUAUAUAUAUAUAUAUGUGUGUGUAUGUGUGUGUGUGUGUUUGACCAAAGAAUAAUGUUUGGAUGGGAUUCUCUUUCGAAGACAGUUCGAGGGUAUUGUUGAUCAUUUUGAGUCUCAGUUUAUGCUAUCUUAGAAUUCAGAAUCCAAGUAAUGGAACGUAUACUUAAAGAACUGAUAUUAGUAUAGCUUUUGUGUAUACACUUUUUCUUCAUCACAAUGAUCAAAUGUGAGUAAAGCUAUAGAACAGUAUUAUUCUUCGGAGGAGCUAGAGUUCUGAAUCAGGGAAAAAUACUCGCAUUUUUAUGGGAUUUUCACAUCCUCUCUGCUAUUUUACACUAUUAAUAAAAGAUAUAUACUUGUACAAAAUAAAUAGACAAAAAGGCAAUUCUACUAGCAUUUUGACUAUACUGUAUAACAAAAUAAACGGUAGCUUUGUCUUGGAGCUUCUACACUCUUUGCACUUUAUUUGUAAUAUUCGCUUUCUUAAGGAACAUUUAUAAAGAUAAAUUGGACUGACCAAGGGUAUCAUGGUCAUUAUGUGAA